CCUAACAAGUAACAAUCGUUGUUGUGAUAACGCUAGUCGCUAAUACAAAACAGAUAUUUUUUACACUGAUAAUAUAAUAUUACUGCAUUCUUAAAAGACAAUUUUUUUAAAUUGAAUUGAAAGUAAAGGAAAUUCAAUUUAACCAAAUACAUGUACAAGUUGCAUAGUAAAAACAGGGCAAAGUAAUUUUAAUUCUCUGGAUUUUGCCUAAUUAUAGAUUAUGGUUGGCAUUGGAAGAUUGAUUCUUUUAAAUUUUCUACAUCGCCGACGUAAUAACUGUGUAUCUAACUCAAGUACAAACGAAUCAUCAGAGCAACCAGAAGGUAACAAGAAUACUGACCAAAAAUGCAGAGUUUGUCUUAAAGAGGGGUCCGUUCCCAUAUUUGGGAAUCAAUUUACAGCCGAUAUUUCUGAGAAUUUUCGUUUAAUUACUGAUAUUGAAAUAGAUCAAAACGAUGUCUUUCCAAAGUAUCUGUGUGAUGAAUGUCAUUCCAAGCUUCAAAAUGCAAUAGACUUGAGGAAUACUGCAAAAGUCUCAGACAAAAUUUUAAGGGAGUUGCCUUCAGAUACUAAUGAAGAUGCAGAUGACUUCAUAUAUGAAACUCAACCCAUUAGAAAACAAACCAAAACAACCCGCGAUGAAAGUUAUAUAUGUGUAAAAUGUGAUAAAACAUUUAGGGUAUUCGAGGAGUAUACUGAGCACAUCUCUAUAGACCAUGAAAAUGCUUCUCGCCAGUGUCCUAUUUGUAACAAGAUAUACAAAGAAAUUUACUUUAAAAGACACUUAUCUUUACAUAACAAAACACAGUUUAUUUGUGAUAUCUGCGGUAAACAUUCAUUCUUCAAAGGCGAAUUUACAAGACAUCGCCUGACACACUUCUAUCACCUUCCUUUUAAGUGUACUCUUUGUCCAUACAGGGGGAGAUUUCCAGAAUCUCUAAAAUUACAUAUGCGUACUCAUACUGGUGAAAAGCCCUAUCAAUGCACACAAUGUCCAUCACGUUUUCUAACUAAGAGUAAUCUCAAUAAACAUAGUUUAACCCAUAGAGAUAGUUAUGAUUUUAAAUGUGAGUGUUGUGGAAAGGGUUUUCAUAAUAAAAGAACAUAUGACUUACACUGUAGAAUCGAUCAUGGUGGCAUUAAGGAACAUGUUUGUAACAUAUGUAACAAAGCAUUUGGAUAUCGUAAACAAAUGAUGAAGCAUCAAUUAAAAGUACAUAAAAGAGAGAAAUUAAGGAGUGGUAGGAUGCCAAUUUAUUUACAAAUACAACAAAUGCAAAAGGAACAGCAAGAAUACAGAGAAAUAGAUAGCAUGUAAGAAAUACUGAAGCAGAAAAUUUAUCAUUUUAAUAGCUUUGCCUUAUUAGCACAUAUUUAUUAAAUAUUCUGUAUGCUACAAUGCUAUUAGAAAUCCUUAAGAAGGACACAGGUACUUAUUACAGACGGGUGGUAUCUUCCAGGCAAUCUCCUCUUAUAUAAAAGUAAUAAAAAAACUGGAUGGCACAAGAUGGCAAAACCUACAAAGAAACAAAUAAUAGAUGUAGGGAUUUUGUAUAAUAUAUACAGCUGAAUAAA